AUGAUGAGGAAGCUCCUGUCUUUGCUGUUGCUGCUCACCUGGGCACCUGCCUGCCUUGCUAAGCCCGCCUGGGGCUCCGAAGACUCCGAAGACACCCGGGACCAGGCCCUGAAGCAGCUGCUGGAGGUCUUUGGCAUCGAAGGACCCCCGCAGCCCCCCCUCUACUUCAAGGAGCCCCCCCAGUACAUGGUCGACCUCUACAACACCGUGGCCGACGCUGACGGGGUCACCAAGGACCCCCACCUGCUGGAAGGGAACACCGUCCGCAGCUUCCUGGAGAGGACUCACGGCGACCGGAUGCAGCUGCUCUUCCUGCUCUCCAGCGUGGCCAAGAACGAGGUGGUGCUGUCGGCCGAGCUGCACCUCUUCAAGCUGCGGGCCAGGGGGGCCGAGGGGGCCGCCCUCCAGAGGCAGCACUACUGCCAGGUCAGCGUUUAUCAGGUGCUGGACAAGGACCACCCGGAAGCCCCCCAGGGGAGGAAGCUGCUCUCCGCCCGGCUGCUGGCCCUGCAGGGCUUCGGCUGGGAGGUCUUCUCCAUCACCCAGGCGGUUCGCGACUGGGUGGCCGAAGAGAGCAGCAACCAGGGCCUGCUUGUGACGGUACAGGGCCUGGGAGGGGCCCCCCUGGACCCCCACGCGGUGCAGUUCGCCUCGGGCAGGGACCAUCACACCAGCAAGAAGCCCAUGCUGGUCUUGUUCACGGAUGACGGGCGGCGGGCAGCUGCCUUGCCCAGCGGCUUCCCCAGUGAGUCACCCGCGGCCCCUUCCAACCGGACCCGCGGCCCCCGCUCGGCCGAGAGCUCCCUGCCCUGCCGGCGCUACCCGCUGCCGGUGGAGUUCGACGAGAUCGGCUGGACGGGCUGGAUCAUCUCGCCGCACGGCUACAACGCCUACUACUGCAAGGGCACCUGCCGUUUCCCGCUGGGCCAGAGCAUGCGGCCCACCAACCACGCCACCGUCCAGUCCAUCAUGCACGCCCUGAAGCUCAACCCGGAGGUGCACACGCCCUGCUGCGUGCCGGAUAAACUCUUCUCCAUCAACCUGCUCUACUUCGACGACGACGAGACGGUGGUGUUGAAACAGUACGACGGGAUGGUGGCCGACAGCUGCGGAUGCCACUGA